AUGGCUAGUAGACGUUUUAUGGUGUUUAUUCUUGGUGCGUUGCUACUCGUUUUUCCUACUGGUGCUAGAAAGCUAUCUGAGAGCAAAAAAGCUGCAAAUGCUGAUAACAAGACCUUCUUCUUCCCCUUUCCUGGUUUUGAUGGUGCACAACUUGGUGGCGGUAGGGGACAAAAGGGGGGGUCUGGCUUUGGUGGUGGAGCUGGAGGCGGGUACGGGUAUGGAAAUGGAGGGUUGGGAGGUGGUGGUGGUGGAGGCAGCGGAGGCGAGGGCUCUGGCUUUGGAGGUGGGUUUGGAGGAGGUUUUGGGUUUGGAGGUGGUGGGAUCGGGGGCGGGGGUGGAGGAGGUGGUGGCGGUGGUGGUGGGGGGAAAGAAUGGGGGAGGCGGGCUUCGAGUAGUGUUGGUUAUGAACGUCAUGAAGUAGAAGAUGAGAACAAAUAUGGUGGUCCAAGUGGAUGGAACUUUGAUGAUGACCACUAUAAUGAAGAUGAAUGUUAUAGAAAUUGGCGGAGUUGCGGAAGUUUCUUUGCAAAUGGUGGCAGAGAUAUUGGUAUGCAAGGUAAAGGUGGUUAUGCUGGUGGAUUUGGGACUGGAGGCGGAGGUGGAGGUGGAGGUGGAGGUGGAAGAGGAGGAGGGGAUGGUGGAAAUGUUGGAGGAAGUGGGCACGGGGAGGGCCAUGGGGCUGGAGGAGGUAACAGUGAUGGUGGUGCUGUUGCUGGAGGAGGAGGUGGUGGUGGUGGUGGUGGUGGUGGUGGAGGAGCAGGUGGAGAUGCAGAUGGUGGGUCAGGACAUGGCGAAGGCCAUGGAGCUGGAGCUGGAGCUGGUAUAGGGAGCAGUGGUGGUGGUGGUGGUGGUGGAGGAGAAGGUGGGGGUAGUGGAGGAGGGAUUGGUGGAGGGUAUGGUCAUGGCAGUGGAUAUGGAGCUGGAGGUGGAGAUAAUGCUGGUGGUGGUGGUGGUGGUGGUGGAGGAGGAGGAGGAGGGGGUGGAGGUGGAGAAGGGGGUGGAAAUGAGAAUGGAGGUUCUGGUGAAGGGUCUGGUCAUGGUAGUGGUUUUGGCGCUGGUAUUGGUGUAGGAAACGGUGGAGGGGGUGGAGGUGGUGGAGGUGAGGGCGGUGGUGGAAAAGGUUCUAGUGGAGGGUAUGGCCAUGGUAGUGGUUUUGGUGCAGGUGGUGGUUUCGGUGGUAAUGGAGGAGGAGGAGGUGGAGGUGGAGGUGGAGGUGGAGGUGGAAGUGGAAGUGGCUUUGGUGGAGGGUCAGGUCAUGGUAGUGGUUAUGGCGGAGGCAUUGGCAUAGGAGGUGUCAGUGGAGGUGGUGAUAGAAGCAACGGUGAAGGAUAUGGACGGGGUGAAGGUGAAGGUUUUGGUUUUGGAGGAGGGAGUGGCGGCAAAGGAGUAGGCACAGGACAAGGAGCUGGGAGGGGUCACAGUGGAAUGGGCAUAGGAUUUGGAAUGGGAAUUGGCUUUGGUUUUGGGAUAGGAAAUGGUAAGGGUGAUGAUCCCUAA